UUCUUGCGGUCAGAGAUGCUUCACUCUUUAAGGAUGCCGGCAGCGAUUUUACCACGGCUUCUGACAUUGGUUGGGGCAGCAGCGGUGCUGAUACCAUCGCCACCAACGAUCAUCAAGAUCCCCAAGAAUGAACAGCUCUUCCAGGUGUCGGUGUCCCCAGAGGAAGUGGCCAAACCAUUUGUGCUGGAAUGCGAGGCCGAAGGCAACCCCGAGCCGACGUACCAGUGGACCAAAAACGGCAAUGAGUUCAACCCGGUUGCGCACGACACGCGCGUCUCGCAAUUGCCCAACAGGGGCACGCUUGUCUUCACCAAGCCCGAGGACAUGGACGAGGGGCUCUACCAGUGCUGGGCCACAAACAUCCACGGCACGGCCGUGUCCAACGCGAGCAUCGUGCGCAAGUCAGAGCUGAACCCGUUCCCGGAAGAGAGCCCCAGGGAGGUGAGUGUGGUGGAAGGCGAUCCACUAUCGCUGGACUGCAACGCUCCGAUGGGGUACCCCAGGCCUCACGUCUACUGGCUCAUUCUGCACGACAGCGGUGCCCUGCGCGGGUUGAACUCUUCACGUAUCACGUCCGACCCCGAAGGGGGCCUGCACUUCUCCAGGGUGGAGCGAGAGGAUGCCUUGCAGGAUGCGGUGUACGUCUGCGCCGCAACCUCGGUCUUCCUGCAUCAGUACAAGAUUGGGAAUAAGGUCCGGCUGCGGGUUGAACGAGUGCCGAAUGCGUCAAGUACAGAGCACGCUCCUGUAAGACAGUACCUGUCACCAGAAAACUUGGUCGCACUUGAAGGACAGGAGCUCAAGCUGUACUGCAUCUUCGGAGGAUCGCCCCAGCCACAGAUCACUUGGAGAAAGCUUGACACGAAUCCGGGAUCUUCGUACUUCACCACUGCCAAUUACAGCAGAAACUUGGUGACCAUCCCCGUCGCACUCACAGACGAAGGCACGUACGAGUGCGAGGCCUACAACGGCGUGGGCGUGGUUCAAUCCCAUGCGAUCAACGUCACGGUAGAGUCCGCUCCCUAUUGGCUACGCUCGCCAGAGAACACCAACGCCGGCGAGGACGAGAGCGUCUCCUUCGAGUGUGCGGCCUCUGGCAGACCGGAGCCGAAGCUACAGUGGUUCAUCAAUGGCGUUCCCCUUCAGAAUGCGGAACCGAACCCCCGCCGUAAGGUGGAUGGUUCACGAAUGACCAUAGAAGGCUUGACCAAGCAGGACACGGCUGUGUACCAAUGCAACGCUUCCAACACCCACGGCUACGCCUUUCAGAACUUCUACCUCAACGUCCUCGCGCUUGCCCCAAGCAGCGUGGGGGCGCUGCAGCAUACUACUCUUGCGGAGGUGUCGUCACUGGUGACCCUUCGCUGCCCGGUUUUUGGGGUCCCGCGCCCCGAGGUCAAGUGGUUGAAGGAAGGGCAGGAGCUGACCGGAGGCCGCUAUAGGGUGUUGGACAACGGGGACCUCCAGCUCCACGACCUGAGGGUCAGCGACCAGGGCUCUUACACCUGCCUCGCAAGGAACAAGUUCGGGGAAGUUUGGAUUACAGAGGUCCUUCAGGUCACGGGUUAGUUUUCCUGUACAGCCUGAAGAAAAGGGAAAAAUAAAGCCUCCUUGAUUAUAAUAACU